ACCCCGCGAGAAGAGAUGACCAUGACCACCAUGCCAGAAAGUCUCAACAGCCCCGUGUCGGGCAAGGCAGUGUUUAUGGAGUUUGGGCCGCCCAACCAGCAAAUGUCUCCUUCUCCCCUGUCCCACGGGCACUACUCCAUGCACUGUUUACACUCGGCGGGCCAUUCGCAGCCCGACGGCGCCUACAGCUCGGCCUCGUCUUUCUCCCGACCGCUGGGCUACCCUUACGUCAACUCGGUCAGCAGCCACGCGUCCAGCCCCUACAUCAGUUCCGUGCAGUCUUACCCGGGCAGCGCCAGCCUCGCCCAGAGCCGCCUGGAGGAUCCAGGGGCUGACUCUGAGAAGAGCACAGUGGUGGAAGGUGGUGAAGUGCGCUUCAAUGGCAAGGGGAAGAAGAUCCGCAAACCCAGGACGAUUUACUCCAGUCUGCAGUUGCAGGCUUUGAACCGGAGGUUCCAGCAAACUCAGUACCUCGCUCUGCCCGAGAGGGCGGAGCUCGCGGCCUCCUUGGGACUCACGCAGACGCAGGUCAAGAUCUGGUUCCAGAACAAGCGCUCCAAGUUCAAGAAACUGAUGAAGCAGGGCGGGGCGGCUCUGGAGGGUAGCGCGCUGGCCAACGGCCGGGCGAUGUCUGCCGGGUCGCCGCCCGUGCCACCUGGAUGGAACCCCAACUCCUCGUCCGGAAAGGGCUCCAGCGGCAGCGCGGGCUCCUACAUCCCCAGCUACACGUCCUGGUACCCUUCGGCGCACCAAGAAGCUAUGCAGCAACCGCAGCUCAUGUGA